GGCACAGCCGUGACGUCUUCAAUCAUCUGUGUUGGGGUGAUUACGUGUAGCUCACCAACUAGCAGCAGUUAGCUAGACAGACGGGAUACCACCAGCGAGUUUAUAUCGAAUGUCAAAACGAUAGCUACUCUUUGAGUGCAUAUAGAGAAAAAUGGAGCGUACAGUUAUUUAGCACCCGGAAACGCCACUGACUGAUAUUUUUCGAAGUUAAUAUGAUGUAGCAGAAUGGAAUUAACAGUACAAACUUCUUUUGAGUGGUACUGCAUAAGGACGUGGAUCUGAAGAAGGAGCGAUAAACUCCAUGCAUCAAGUGAAGUCACGUAAUCUCUAGAAACUGCAAAUUGCACUAAAAAACAGAUACUGAAAGGGCAGACAUGUUUGCCAAGUUGAAGAAGAAGAUUGCAGAGGAGGCUGCCACAGCACCUCGGAGUGGUGUUCGUAUACCACGUACCAUCAGUAAGGAAUCCAUCACCUCAGUGGGGGCAGACUCAGGAGAUGACUUUGCAUCUGAUGGCAGCAGUUCCAGAGACGACCUGCCCACUCAGCUCCUCAGAAGGAAUGAUCAGAUCCGGAAGCUGGAGGCCAAGCUAUCAGACUACGCUGAGCAGCUACGAAUUAUGCAGAAGACCAAGGACAAGCUUGAAAUUGCAUUAGAAAAGCAUCAGGAUUCAUCCAUAAAGAAACUUCAAGACCAGAAUGAGUCUCACCAGGCCAGCAGAGCCAAAAUGGCAGAAGGGAUGGCUUUAGCACUGGAAAAGAGGGAUCAGGAAUGGAUGGAGAAGAUCACUAAUGUGGAAAAGGAGAAAGCUGCCCUGUCAGCCCGACUAGAGGAGAUGACAGAGCAAAGCUUAGCACUCUUCCAGAAAAGAGAUGACCUGGAUGAACUGGAGGGCUUUCAGCAGCAGGAGCUUGCUAAAGUUAAACACAUGUUGCUGAGGAAAGAGGAGCAGCUGAACCAGCAGGAGCGAGAGCUACAGCAGAAAGAGGCUGAAAUUCAGUCAGCAAAGCGAGGACUGUCUGAGGCUCGAGGGAAACUCCAGGUUCUGGAACAACAGCAUGAGGAGAGCUGCAGACUCAAUUCUGAGCUUGAAAUAGAGCGAGAGCAUCUGCUGCUGCUUAGAGAGGAAGCAGAUAAGAAGAUCAGUGAACUGGAGGGGCGAUGCCAGGAGAUGCAGUCAGUCAUCUGGGAGGUUUCUGAAGACUUCCAGAAGUCACAGAGUAUGGUGUCAGCUUUAGAGAAGUCCCUCCAUGAUUUACAGACUGAAAAUGAAGUCCUGAAGUUGCAACAACAAAAGGCUGUUUUGACAGAGGAGGACAAGGAGCGCUUGUUGGUGGACCUUCAGAAGAAAGUGACCUCCCUGGAGAGACAACUGCAGGGGAACCUCACCCAUGACGAGCAUCUACAGGAGCUACUCCAGGAGAAGUCCAGCCUGGAGCAAAGUCUGGAGGAGACCAGAGCAGAGCUGCUGGCUGUUCGGACAAACCAUGCUGAUAUUGUCAGCUCUCUGGAGGCACAGGUAUCCAGAAUGAGCUGCAGCAUUACUGAGCUGCAGACCCUGCUCCGGCACAAAGACGACUCCUCCAGGGCAUAUAGAGAGAGAACAGACACACAAGUUGCUAACCUGGAGCAGCAAGUCCUAGAGAAUAGUGAGAGACUGAAGAGUGCAGAGCGGCAGAUCACAGAGAAACAGCAACACAUGGAUAAACUGCAAGAGCUGUGGAGUGCAGAGAAAGCCUUUUUGGAUCAGCAGGUUAGUUUGUUACAGCAGCUGAGUGAGGAGAAGACCUGCCAGCUGGAAGAAAGCAUUACCUCUUUAGAUACAGAUAAACAGACUCUGCAGGAUAGGGUGUCUUCUCUGGAGAAGCAGAGGGAUGAAACAAAUUCCACACUGAGGCUGAGGAAAGAAGAGCUGGAGCAAUGCCAGACGGCGCUGAACAGCCGGCAGACAGUGAGCAUAGAAAUCGCCAAAGCUCUCGAAGAAACCAGACGACAGAAGGAUGAGCUGCAAGCACAGGUUGGAAAGCUGGCCACAUCUCUUCAGACCUCACAGCAGGAACUGUCUGCUGUCACUGAGAAGCUAGCACUGAGAGAGGAAGACAUCAAAACUCUCCAGAAUGAGGUGCAGAGUCGGCAGGCAUCAUUGGUCCAGCUGCAGGAGGAGGUUGAGCGGCUGCUAGCCCAGCUGGAGCAGAUCGAGCUGGACAGAGACUCCCAGUUGAUCAGCCUGAGGAAGGAGCUACUCAGCCAGACACAGCAGCUAGAUAGCUGUCAGGCACGGAUCUUGUACCUGGAGGUGGAGGUGGAAACCCUGACAGAACAGCUUCACAGCCCUGAAGUGUGUGAGGAGGAUCAAAACGGCAGUGUGACGGUGGAUGAUCUGGAUCACAUUCAGAAAGUCAACAGAGAGCUGGAGCAGCAGCUCAGUGACAAGAACAGGACCAUCAAGCAGCUGCAGCAGAGACUGGCAGAACUGAAGAGGACGCUGCAGAAAGAACUGAAGCUAAAGCCUGAGCCAGAAGCUGAAGGGAAGGAGAAGUUGCUAGAAAGCCGAACAGAAAAACAAGAGAGGGUUUGUCCAGAGCCCCCCCUAGCAUCUGUCCUGAGUCCCCCGACCUCCAUCACCACCGUAACCAACACAUCAGACCUCAGUGACUCACGGGAAAUCAACUUUGAGUAUCUCAAACAUGUCGUCCUCAAGUUUAUGUCAUCCAGAGAGGCUGAGGCAUAUCAGCUAAUACGAGCUGUAUCUGUGCUGCUUAACUUCACUCGGGAGGAAGAGGACUUGCUGAAGCAAACACUGGAGUACAAGAUGUCCUGGUUUGGAUCCAAGCCUUCUCCAAAAGGUAUCAUCCGGCCUUCAAUCUCAGGCACUUCAACUCACUGGAGUUGAUGAGCAGCAGAAAAAAGUGAAGCGAUGGAGAGACAGGAACUAAAGGAACGCCUCCAAGAGGAAAAGGUCCUUCCUGCUUGGCUCCUAUCACUGAGCGGGAAUAUAGCUUUAAACUUUAAACAACCGCCCACAGUUUUCUCUGACAAUAUGUGGCAAGGACUGUUGUUUUCUGCUGUGUAGGGACAGAGAAGGGCUGCACAUUUUAAGGGAUAAAGUCCUGUUCAUAAUAAGUUGUUGAUUUUAAAAUGACAUUUUCUUGCCACUGGUUGAGGCAGACUAGUUUUUGACCAAAUGUUAUAGAGAGUAAACUGACAGACACAUCAUUCCCACUUGAGUUUAAAGUGUCCCAAGUUCCAUUUUUCUUCCCUGACAAAUGAAACAGAUCUGAUGUUUUCUAGUUGGUGAAAACAGAAAGAGUGAAUUAAUGUGUAAAAAAAAGGAGACACCACAUCAGAAAGAAAUAGCAGACUGACAUGACUGUUUUUUACUUUAUUUUGUAUUUUGUUUUUUAUUUUAGGAACUGCCUUAUUUCUAUGUGGAUUCAAACUACACCUGUCACAUCUGUUUUUGUUUGAAAAAGAAAGCAACCUGACUUGAUGUGUCUUGAUAUGAUUGAUGAUUUGAAAGUCAAUCCAGUUAAUCAUGACUGAUUUUCAUCAUUUUGCUUCCCACUAUAUCAUUGAAACCAGCAUUAUAAGAUGAUCUAAACUAGAGCCCGAAUGACAGAGAUUUUUAGGGCAAAAAUCAAUACAGAUAUUUUAGAGUUUUAAAAAAUAUGAUGAUAUUAUUUUUUUAUCAUAAACACAUUACACAGACCAACAUUUUGCUAAGGAUCCCUUAAAUUUGAUUAACCAAGAUAUGUAUUGAGUAGUACAUUUUAUUUUUCGUUAGACAAAUUAUGAGACACAACACUUUCUAAAUUGCCUUACAUGCCUUACAGGCAUUUCUGUAAUGGCUUGGCACUAAUCAGAACAGCUUUUUUUUUUUUUUUUUUUUUUUAAAGAACUGAAGAUGUAUGACUAAUGGCUAUCAAAACCUAACUCUUAGGCCAUUUGACAGUUAUUAAUAUGACUUAAGCCUCCCAGCAGACCAUGCUCUCAGAUCCCUUCUCUGUCACAUAAUUUGGCAGACUAAUCUAACCAUGGCUCUAACCUAAACCACCUAUAAGCUAAAACAUUUGACUAGGAGAGCUUGUUGAGAAAAUGUCUCUUGAAAAGUCUUUUUACUGUACUGGGACUGGAAGAACAAAAAUACCUGCUACAAUUGAUACAGUCCGUUCAUGCAGACUGUUAUAGGUCCAUUAACACCAAUAUUAAUGAUAUGGACUAUAUUUGACUGUUUGGAUAUUAAUAACAAUAUGAUAAAAUAAGUAAAUGGUAUGUAAAUGGUGACAGGAGGAAAUGCUCUACCAUUACCUGCCUUUGCUAAUGUAAAUGAAAGUACAUUCCACAUGUCUAUUUAUAUAUAGAAAUAUGUACAUACAGUAUGCACUGAGAACUUUAUAAAUCAAUGGAUGUAAAUGGUUAAAUGUGACCAGUUUGCAGUAUUUAUCAUCAUAGACCAGAACCCAGACAUGUUUCACCCUCACCUUUUCACUCAGUCACACUGCCCAUCACUAUCCUCAGCCCCCCAGUGUGAUGUCAGUCAUAACAUGAUAUUUAUUUUUACAUCAGUGGGAAGCCCAGGGAAUCUGCAUGCCUACUGUCAAACUGAAUUGUUGACUCCCUAAAGCAGCCUGCUCAGUCCUUUACAAUCUUUUCUUUUCCAAAGGCCAGAAUAUUCUGCAUUUGUAUUUAAUCCAGUUAUGUACAUAUAAUGUUAAGCAGAAACACAUCAGGGUGUUGUCUUUGGAAAAUUAUCAGUCACAGAAAAAUGUAUCACUGAUAUUUGUUUUUCAUUUGAAGUUGUAUCUGUUGAAAUCAUUCUUUGUAUACUAGGAUGCUGGAGUAAAUUUAAGAAUACAGAGAUGUCAUCAUCCUGUGUUAAUAAUGAGAGGUAGAAGACCGAUGUAGUCACCCAGACUGGGUAAUAUACUGUCUCCAUGAGAAUCAAAAGAAACGAUUAAUGCACUUUUUAACCUGAUUGAUUCUGCUGUGUUAAACCCUAAAACACAACUGUACAAUCCCUACGGUAAUUGUGUCUUUUGCGUUUUAUGAUUUAAGAAUUGCUGCCCUUUCAUUUUUCCCACAUUUAUUAAUAAUAAAUCUGAAAUGAACUGUCACCUCUUCUGGCUCCAAAUCCUGCAGAUUUGGUGAGAAAAUAAAAUUUUGUUUCAUUUAUCCAUGCCGUUAUACAAAUGCUAAUAUUGAAAAUUAUUAGCGUUUGUUUACACACAGUGCAUUUCCAGAGAAGUUUAUUUGUGAUAUGGAUGUUUUUCACAAUUACCCUUAUUUUAAUACUGCAUUUAUUCACGCUUUCAUCAGUAUUUUUUUUUCUUAAUACGGUGUGGAAUAUAUCAAUUUUUGUUUGUUGCAAAUUUUGUGGUGGAGGGGGUUGAGGGUCUGGAAACAUCACUUAAUUGCAGAAUGUAGAGAAUAUACUAAGUAGGUACAUUUUCCAGUAUUGUAAUGUAACAAUUAGAAACGACUUAAUUUACCCGGUAAUAAUAAAAUCG